AUGCAAACUCAACUAAAGAGUGGCUUGGAACUGUGUGACUGGUUCUCACUGCAAUUCGAUGAGUCGACAGAUGUAUCAGACACUGCACAGUUGGCAAUCAUGGUGAGAAUGGUAUUUAGCGACUUCAGUGUAAAAGAAGAGCUGCUGAAAGUAUUGCCUAUAAAAAGGCAAACAAAAGGUGAGAAUAUUUAUAACACAUUUAAAACCUAUGCAAUGGAAAUUACUUUGCCCCUGCACAAGCUGUCAGCGAUCGCUACUGAUGUUGUACCAGGAAUGUUGGGCAGCGUCAAUGGAUUCAUUGCCCUCUGCAAGAAAGAUGAAUCCUUUCCGGACUUACUUCCGUUUGGACACGUCAUGAAUGUUGUUAAAAAGAUAAUUAACUCUAUUCGCGCGGCACCCUUGCAACACCGACUUUUUAAGGCCUUGCUGGGAGAGUUUGAAGGCAAACAUUCUGAUCUUAUCCUAUACACAGAAGUGCGAUGGCUGAGCAAAGGUAAAGUUCUUGCACGGUUCUUAAGCUUGAUUGAGGAGAUAAAAGAUUUUCUAAAGUCCAAGAACGCGGACUUCAACGAACUAAGUGACCCUUGCUGGUUAUUGGACUUGGGUUUCCUUACUGACGUCACUGACAAAGCGUACAGUUUAAAUCUGGAGCUUUGGGGAAAAGAAAAGCGUGGCUCAAAUGAUAGGCUCUGUAAAAUCAAUCAAAGCAAAACUAGUCUUGUGGAUGUCACAUAUGAAGAUGAAGUCUCUCGUACACUUCCCAAGUAUGAAGAAAAUGGUAGGGGAUAG